CGCCAGCUGUUUUGGACUUCGCAUUCACGUAUUUCUCGCCUGUGUUGCAUGAUCUUGAAUCCUUUUUGUUUCGAAGAACUUGUUUCUCCAUUAUUCAAGGCUGAUAACCUGACUACAUAAAUUUGGUAGUUCAUAAAAAAAAGAUCCAAAACACACAAGCUUGCAAUAUGUGGAAAGCAGUAAUUUUGAUUGGUGGGCCGGACAAAGGAACUCGUUUUCGACCUUUAUCUCUCAACCAACCAAAACCUUUGUUUCCAGUCGCUGGCGUUCCGAUGAUUCAACACCACAUUGAGGCCUGUGUCGCAGUUCCAAAUCUACAGGAAAUUAUUUUGAUUGGAUUUUUUCCAGAAGAUGAAAAUCUAAAGAACUUCAUAAAUCAUUGUCGUAAAGAGUUCAAUAUCAGUAUACGUUAUCUGAGAGAAUUUUCACAAAUGGGAACUGGGGGUGGAUUGUAUCAUUUUAGAGAUCAAAUUAUGGCGGGAAAUCCAUCAGGCAUUUUUGUCAUGAAUUCGGACGUUUGUUGUAAUUUUCCGUUAUCAGAAAUGCUCAAAUUUCAUUUGAAAUAUGCGUCACCGUCGAACAGCUCAACGAUUUUAGCAACUAACGUCCCUUCAAAGGAAUCAAUGUUUUAUGGAUGCUUGGUUGAAAAUGAGGAAACGAAAGAAGUUACACAUUAUGUUGAAAAACCAGAAUCAUUUGUGAGUCCUUUAAUAAACUGUGGAGUGUAUCUCUUUUCAACAAAAAUAUUCGGGAUGCUUGCUGAAGCCGUUUUACGAAAUCAAGAAGAAAUGUACGCUCAAGGAGUAUUUUCAGACUCCCUCUCACUAAGUCUUGAACAAGACAUCAUCAUGCCGUUGACUGACUUGGGGUCACUUUAUGCAUACCAAACAACUUCAAUGUGGAGCCAAAUAAAGUCCGCCGCAUCCGCAGUGUAUGCCAACAAGCUGUAUCUGUCGUUAUAUCAUAAAACCCAUCCUCAUCGGCUCGCAAAAAGUGAGGAAGGAGGCCCGAUGAUUAUCGGGGAUGUUUUCAUUCACCCUUCGGCUAAAAUUGAUCCCACUGCACUUCUGGGCCCCAAUGUCACAAUCUGUGCUGAUGUGCGCAUCAGUGCUGGGGUCAGAGUUCGAAAUUCUAUCAUUCUUAAUGAAGUCAAUUUGUCAAAUCAUAGCUGUGUUCUUAACAGCAUCAUUGGUUGGAAAUCUACAAUAGGGGAAUGGACCAGAGUUGAAGGCACAGCACAACAACCAGACCCGAAUGCUCCUUUUGCAAAAAUAGUCAGUGGUAGUCUCUUUGACCAUGAAGGAAAACUAAGCCCUUCCAUAACUGUCCUGGGUGGUAACGUGAAUGUUGAAUCAGAAAUUGUAGUUUUAAAUGCAAUUGUACUUCCAGGAAAGGAUUUGAAAUCAUGCACAAAGAAUCAAAUUAUCUUAUAAGACAUUCAUAGAUUAUCUAUGAGAACUCGGAAUGAUUUAUUGUUCUUGAAGCCAAGUUUAUUUUCUGUGCACAUUUCACAUAGUUUUAUUACCUAUCUGUAUAUGUAGUUAUAUAUUCUUUAGCAAUUGUAAAAAAAAAUAAUGAAAUAUUUUUGCUUAGAAUUCACCCCAAUCAUACAGAACUAUGUAUUUAUAGUAAAAUUUAGAAUUGUAUUAUUUUUUUCAAGCCCAUAUUUUGAUACUGAAGAACUUAUUAUUUCUUAUUUACAAACCCUUCAUAAAAUCUCUAACAGUCCCUUGUGCAAGUCUUUAGACCAGGGGUGAGCAAGGUUUUGUACCAGGGGCCAAAGAUUUUGCCCACUUAGACUGACGGGCCAUGUAAGCGUGACAUGAAAUUUUACAUUUUAUAAACAAUAUUCGUAGUGUUACAAAAGC